CAUCUCUCUCUCUCUCUCCCUCUCGCUCGCGCGCUCAUCUCCAUCAUCCUCUCGCUACUGAGAAAAAAAAAACCCGCCAGCGCGAAACAGAUGGGAAGGCACCCGCGGAAUUUGCGACCGUUACCGAGAAGAGAAUAGCCGUCAGAACUUAACGGACAGCGAAAAGAAGUUCAAUUUGUCCAGAAGACUUCUGGACUGAAAACCUGAGGACAUUUCACGUCUGUUUACGACUGGAAAAGGCAGGGUGGGCAAUGCCAUUCGGCUGUUUAAAACCUGGUGAGAAGAAGGACUACAACAGUCCAACAGAAAUCACAGACAAAUAUGAUCUGGGCCAGAUUGUUAAAUCGGAGGAGUUCUGUGAGAUCUUCAGGGCAAAGGAUAAGAACACACUGAAAAUGUACACCUGCAAAAAAUUCCUCAAGAAAGAUGGAAGAAAGGUGCGGAAGGCUGCCAAAAACGAGAUCCUCAUUCUAAAGAUGGUGAAACACCCCAACAUCCUCCAGCUGGUUGAUGUCUAUGAGACCCGGAAAGAGUACUACCUGUUCCUUGAGCUAGCCACAGGUCGGGAGGUGUUUGACUGGAUUCUGGAUCAAGGCUAUUAUUCUGAGAGGGACACCAGCAAUGUUAUCAGACAGGUGAUGGAGGCAGUUGCUUACCUGCACAGCCUGAAGAUUGUUCAUAGGAACCUGAAGCUUGAGAAUCUGGUCUAUUACAACCGACUGAAACAUUCCAAAAUAGUCAUCAGUGAUUUCCAUCUGGCAAAACUGGAGAAUGGACUCAUCAAGGAGCCCUGUGGAACCCCAGAGUAUCUGGCCCCAGAGGUUGUUGGGAGACAGAGAUAUGGCCGAGCUGUGGACUGCUGGGCCCUUGGUGUGAUCAUGUACAUACUGCUCUCCGGAAAUCCUCCUUUCUAUGAUGAAACAGAUGAUGAUGAUUAUGAAAACCAUGACAAGAACCUCUUCCGGAAGAUUCUUGCCGGAGACUAUGAGUUUGACUCACCAUACUGGGAUGAAAUCUCAGACUCCGCUAAAAACUUAGUGUCACGUCUUAUGGAGGUGGACCAGGAUCAGAGACUGACUGCACAAGAAGCCAUCAACCAUGAAUGGAUAUCUGGAAAUGCUGCAUCAGACAAGAACAUCAAGGAAAACGUGUGUGCACAAAUCGAGAAGAACUUUGCUAAAGCUAAGUGGAAGAAAGCGGUACGUGUCACGACCAUGAUGAAGCGUCUCAGGGCACCAGAGCAUCAGACGGCGGCACCAGCAGCAGCAGCAGCACCUGGUGUGUCUAAGCCUGCAGCAGGGGCGCAGGAAAACCCUCAAGCUCCAUCAGAGGCCUCCACAGCACCAUCGAGUACUGCUGAAAGCAACUCGACGAGCACAGAAGCCCCCGCCGUGGAAGCAGCAGCACCAGCUGAGCCUGUUCUUCACACCCCAGCUCCAGAACAGCCCGAUCCUACACCGCCAUGCAACGGAGAGGCUGUAGCCCCCCUGCCAUCAGACACAGGGGAGGGACAGAGCGGUUAAUCUUGCUACCUCUCUCCCACCUGCGUUUAGAGCCCACACACUUGUACAUAAGCAGCAAGCAUGCUAAUACUGAUCCCGCAGCACAUAGCAUUAAUCUCAACACGCUCUAUCGUGAGCCGACUUCUAAAACAUUUCCCAGCAAGCAUCUGUUUUCUAUUGAAUCACAAAGCUGUGUGACGUGUAUCGAAGGCUACUUUAACUUUGCGCAAAAGAAGAAAAAAGCUAUUUUCUGCUUACAUUAAGCCAAGAUUGGAAUCUUUAGCACUGAUCCGCAUACAUGUUUUAGGAUAGAUGAUUAAAGCAGGCCUCAUUUUAUAAAAGUACUUUUUUUAUUUUAUUGCAUCGCAGUUUGUUAACGUCCAUCUUGAGCAGGUGCACCGAUACACAGCUUUGUGUGUGAUGUAUAGUUUCUGUAAAUAGCUUACUAACCUCUGUAGAUUAGACGUAGCCAAGAACAGCAUGCUUUUACAAAUCUGCUGUUUACGACACCAGAUAACUGCUACAUUCAGCUUCAGCUUUACAUGGACAUGUCAUGUCUUGAUCGAACACACGCUCAUGAAAUGUUGUAAUCAGUUUAAGGGGAUUUACAUGAAAAAUACUUCGGCAGCAACUAAGGUGGCUAAAUUCAUCUCAUAAUGGCAUUUUAAUGGUUGAGACAUGUGGCCCAAUAAAUGGAGCAGAUUAGGUAAACAUAAGAAAUACCUAAGAUCUGCUUGGUAGCUAGCCACAUGAACAGUGGAAAAUGUGAUUUGUUCAUAUAAUGUAUUAUAUACUCAUUUGCAUACAUUGUACAUGUAUUGAGUAAUAAUAUACUUGUCCAUUUUAAAAGUACACAGGCCUAUAGCCACACACAGUGAUCUUUGUUUUCAACAGAAUUUCAUCUGAGGCAUAGAUGUACAUUACUACUCCUUUGAGACCCUUCAAUAUAUUUAAUCAUUAUAUUUAUAUUUUCAUUGCAUCUUAUGUUAUUAAUCCAUAAUGCACUUAAAUAUAUUCUGAGAUAUUUCAUUUAUUACAUUAUUUUAAAUUAUUCCAAAUAUGUAACAAGGAUCAUAUAUUGACUUAUUCCUGUCAAGUAAUUCCUUUUAUUUAUUUAGAGCUAAACAUGAAACAGAUUGUUUCAAAGCAUUAUACUACUUAAUUUGCACCCCAAUAAAAAAGGUUAAAAAGAAAAAUAAAUCUGGUGAUUGUAUUUAAAUUUCAAAAUUCAUAAAUGAUGUGUUUAGGAUUAUAUUAAACAAAACAUGUAAGAAUCAUGAACUUCUUGUUAAACUAAUUUCUGCAAUAACUAAAAUCCUAUUGGCUGUUCAUCAAGGGAAUCAGGGUGAUAACUUGGGUUACAAAAAUACAUCCUCCCUGCAGUGCUCUACAUUGGUUUGAUAUAUUCCUGCCUAAAGCAGAUAGUCUUAAACACUAAUGAUCCUAAUUAAGUCUAGCCCCAUUAACCAAACCCUAACCUUAAUGAUUUAAGAUUUUAGCCGAUAGCUGUUUUUUCCGUCUUUACUUAUUUUAUAAAAAUGUCUGCUGUCAGCAACAGACACCUCAUCUUUCACACAGAUCUUAUUCAUUAAAUGUUCACGCUUCACUAGUACACUAUGUGGAGUUUACUGUCUGUUACUCUUGAUGGCAUUACAAAUUCAUAUCUUAUUUGAUGCAUUCUACAGUACAUUUAAAGCUUAUUAUGGGCUGUCAUGACUUUUACAUGAACAGGUUGAUGUUUUUGUUUUCAGCAUACAAAAAUAUUUCAAUUUUAGCACAGAGAAAUGACAGGUGAUGCAGGAUUAAAAGAACUUAAUGAAAGCAAAAUGAAACGGUUGACCUCUUAAUAUGAGCAAUAGUCUACAACUGCGAUACUGUGAUGCUACUCUCAAUGUCAGUGUCCAUGUGAACACUCAGUUUCUGAUUGGCAUGUCCUCUGUUGAAGCUGACAAUGAAGGGUGAGAAGCUAGAGAGAUGAAUGAAAGUUCACCUAUUGUACAAUUAUUAUAUAUAGGUGAACAAAAACAGUGAUGAAAGUUUCCCCUCCAGUGGUCAACAAUGUGUAAUUGUUGUGCAGUGGUGACAUGCUGUAAUUUUCUAAACAUGGCAGGAGUCAGUGGAGGUUUGAAAGUGGAAGGCCUUGAUAUGCAGUUAUGCUGUCAGUUGAUUUGAAGAUGAUGCACAGCAUGGGCUGGCACGGGUUUCUACGGAAGUCAGCUUUGAUAUACAUCGGAUCUCACACGUGUCACUGUCAGUUUGUAUCUUUCACUUCUUUUAUCUUCUUAAAUAUUUCCUUUCCUUUCCUAAAAUCUGUUUCAUACCUUUAUUUGUUCGAUCUACUCAGAGACUUUGAGAGUUUUUUUGUUUUGUUUUUUGUCUUUUGAUUUUGUAUAAAAAUGCUAAAGCUCACACCAUUAAGACCUAAAAUAAAUCAGUGGUAAGUAAUGUUUCAUGUGGGUCUUGAAGAGUAAAAAAAAGAAAACAUGUUUUUAUAGCAUUCAUGUGUACUGAAACCACAGCUAGAUACUGUGUUAAACAAUUAAAAGCAAUUUUUUUUUUUUACAGUGCUUCACUAUUGCCUUUGGUGUUCGAUGUCUGUUGAUUUCCUCAUUCUCUCUGAUGUUCUUCUCAGAGUGGUUGACUGUGAACCUGUGAAUACACUGAGGACUGGCCUCUCUUCACUUUAACCUCUGUAUUCUUCAACUGACUUUCAUGCUUUCAAAAUAAACACAUCCUGAAUGAUCA